CAGACUGGGCCUUUUUGGGGGAAAACUUGAAAGAUGCUUAUUGCAACAUGGAGAAAAAAUCAUACGAUGGGAAAACUGAUCAUAUGCAAAAGUUGAUCUUUCCAACUUUGUUUCUCCUUCUGGUUGUACUGCUUGUGAACUUGCUCCUCUAUCAAUACUUCAGCGAUGUGUAUUUUUCCUAUGGCCAGACCAAUGUUGAGCACAAUUUGUGUCCACAUGGUUACUUCAGAUUAGGAACCCUGAAAAACUGUACACCAUGGUUGUCUUGUGAGGCCAUAAAAAGAGAAGUCCGCAAACUGAAACGUGUUGGUGAAGGGGCUGUGAAAAGGGUCUUUCUUUCUGAAUGGAAGGAAAACAAAGUCGCCCUUUCUCAGCUGACUAUGCCAGAACUGCAAGAGGACUUUACUCAUGGGCUUCACAUGCUGAAAUCUCUACAAAGCAAGUAUGUGGUCAAACUACUUGGAUAUUGUGAAGAAGAGUUUGUGGUUCUUACAGAGUACCAUCCAUUUGGUUCCCUGAAGAAUUUGAAUGAGAUACUGAAUCUUCCAAAAUACAAGCACUUGAACACAUGGUAUAACAGGUUCCUGCUGGCCAUAGGCUAUGUGAGCAUCAUCCACUACCUGCACUAUAGUCCUCUGGGCACUUUUGUGAUGUGUGACUCUAAUGACUUGGAUAAAGUACUUUCACAAUACUUGUUGACAAGCAACUUUCAUGUUGUUGUGAAUGACUUGGAUGCCCUGCCUCUUGUGAAUAAGGAUGCUGGGGAACUGAUUAAAUGUGGUCAUCGGGAGCUGCAAGGUGAGUUUGUUGCUCCUGAGCAGCUUUGGCCCUAUGGAGAGGAAACCUCCUUUGAAGACAGCCUCAUGCCUCCAUAUGAUGAAAGGACAGACAUAUGGAAAAUCCCUGACGUUUCCAACUUUCUCUUAGGAGAUGUUGAUGGGAGUGAUCUUGUCAGGUUUCACCUCUUUGACAUUCAUCUGGCAUGUAAGAAAAGCCCAGCUGAAAGACCAUCUGCACAGAUAGUUCUUGACAAAUAUAGGAAAGUGCUAGCAUUACUUGUUAGAGAAACAGUGAUGCCAAGUACAAGGGACAUGUUAUAAAAAAAAUACUCAUUGACAUGUUUUGGUACCAUAACAAGAACUGGGUAUAAUUUGCACUUGGCUCUAAUUUGAGACAGAAAUAUAAAUUGUGAAACUUUAAAAUUAAUUCUUUAAAAUGUCUCAAAGGGAGCGAGAGGAAAGUAGUAUAUAUUCUGUUUGUAAAAUUGCUAACUUCUUUCUAAGUUAAGUUGACACAGAUGUGUUAAAAGCUAAGCUGUGAUGAAAAUAUUUGACAGAGUUAAUGCAAGUGCUUCUUGUUCUUUCUUAUGACAGAAAGCAGUUGCUUGCUGUGUUUUUCAGUUUUGUAGCAUUUUAAAUUAUGGACCUUACUAACACCUGUCUUUCAUCUCAGUACCAUUGUUCUUUAGGAUCUAAUUCUUUUACCUAUUGGUAAGGUGACAUUGAUUAUACUUAUGCUAAUAGCAAUUUUUUGUUAUUAACGUGCACCAGUGCACUGAAUAUGUAAGAAUAUGAAGGUGGGGCGACUAGUUGUGCAUCCAACUAUGACUGGUACAAAAAAUACAUUAUAGAGAUUACUGCUGUCCCCUUAGAUGUUGUAAAGCCAACACAAUUCUCCUAACAUUGGUCUAGACAUCUGCAAGAGAAAUCACUGGCAGAGGGUGCUUUUAACCAUUGUCUUGCACACACAUGCCACAAAUUGGUAAAUAUUGCCCGCACUAGCUCACUGAAACCUAGAGUCCAGCUAGGGAAAUACAAUGGCUUGGAUGGAAACAAUUUUCAGGGAUGAUUGAUAGUUAUGGGAAGGUUAAGUACCCCUCCCCAACCAUGGUGCAUUUUAUUUUCUAGUGAAAAAGUGUCACCUUAAGUCAUAUUUCCCACUGACACUACUUUAUAUUCCCUAAACCAUGUUUAUUUAUACCAGGAAUAGUAUUAAUUACCUGAGUGGUGAAAGUACGGCCCUUCAGAAGCAACUCCCAUCAGCCCUAGCCAGCAUAGGCAGUGAUGAGCCAUGCUGGGACCUGCAUCCAACCAAAUUUGAAGGCCACACCUUUCUCAUCCUUGAUUUACACUUUGUUGCAUGCUUUACAAGCAGGUCAUUCAUCUGUUUGCUGCAAUGUAGUCGCUUUGCAAGCUUACCAGUUUUAACUAAAGAGCAAAUGUCUUUGAAAUAGUCCCAUACAGAGUCUUAUGACCAAUAGAAUCCUUGAUAUUUUGUGAACAUAAACAACUGCCCACUUUUACCUUCUUUUCUUUCCAGAGUUUUUGCUCCUUUUUGCAUCCCUUUGUUUUUAAAAUGUAUCAGAAUUCUUGGGUGGACUAUAAUAGUUUACUUUCUUCCACCAACUGAAAAUGAAAUGCCUAUGUUUGGUAGGUAGAUC